AUGCUAAGAUCAGGAACAUUGACCUAUUCCGGGACACCCAUAGUUGCUGACUUUGAGGAUCUCGAUCUGAUAGAACACAUGGAGGCACCAAGGACAUUUCUAACACACUUCACCUUCCCAUUUAUACCGACAGAGGCUAAAAAGGGAAUUCCGAAGAUCAUCUUUGUCUCUAGGAAUCCCAAAGACGUGCUAGUGUCUUAUUACCAUUUCCUUGACAACAUGGUUCAAACGGAUUUUGAAGGCGACUUUAAUUUUUUCAUGAAGUUCUUUUUAUCUGAGGAAUUUUUUGUGUCGGGUGGUUCUUGGUUUACGUACAUGAAGGAGUGGGAGGACGGCAGGAAGCUAUACCCAGACAUGCGUAUUCUGUCGAUUAGAUACGAAGAUUUCAAGAAGGACACUAUCAACUUUCUUGUAAAGCUAGCCGAUUUUCUCGAGGUAAAAAGAGACAAUGCAUUUCUAAAAGAAGUCGAAAAAAACAUCACCUUUGAACAUCUGAAGGAAGAUCACACCAAGGUAGCAGGGGAAAGCGAGAGAUGGUCAGUUGUCAACAAACAAGGAAGGGUGCCUAUUUACAGAAAAGGUAAAAUUGGUGACUGGAAGAAUAUGUUCACUGUAGCACAGAACGAAUACUUCAACGCCAAGUUCCGAGAGAAAAUGGCCGGAUAUGACCUUGACUUUCAGUACCAGUAA